AUGGAUCGGCCGGAGCCUGGGCUAGUGAAAUGGUCUCCAAAUUCCUCCUUUGACAGCUUUGUUCAUAUCAACUUACAACAUCGCGUCGUGCAACUUUACGAACCCACUGGCCAUGCCAACAAGCGAAAGUUUGACUUUUCCAAGCUCAGUCGACACGAUGACUUCCCUCCUCUUACGACCUACGACUGGUCCCCAGCUGACACUAGCCUCCUGGCGGUCGGCACGAGUUCCGGCAUCAUCAAUCUGUUGAAGAUUGACGACAACUCCAAUGCGUAUGCUGAAAUUGGUCUGAAAAUGGCACGGACAUGCCAGGCGGUUGCUUUCAACACCACUGGUCUCCUUGCCGUUGGUCUUGAUCGUGUUCGAAUGGACCAAAGUCUCCACGUCUGGGAUGUCGGUCGCCUUUCGGCCCAGGAGGUGCCCAAGACGGGGUUUCCAAAUGCAGCAUCCACGUUCGUGGAUUCUUACACCAGAGUUGAGCCAAGUGUUUCUGUGUCAAGUAUCAAGUUCUUUGAGGAUAGCCCGCUCACGCUGGUUGCGGGCAUCAAGGGCCAAGACCCAAGCGGGAACAUCACUUUUCAAACGAAAUGCAACAACAACUUGGCUAUUGACUACGUUGACCAAAAUUUCUUCGCGUCAUCCGCUCUAGAUCACCCUGGCGUCAUGAUUUGGGAUCGUAGAGCCACGUCCCGACCAGUUGCUUCGCAUUCUUACAUGCAGGCUGUGGAAGAAGACGAGCUCCCGUGGGGAGGAGCCUUGCGACUUGAUAAGGUGAUUGAGACUGACUCUGACCCCUUUUUUACUGAAGGCAAACACUCUCUUGUUCGGUCACUUCGAUACUGCCGCGACCGUCGAGGAUUGCUGGCAGCACUGUCACCCACGGGUCAACUAAAGGUUAUGGAAACGAAUAAAGAAAUUAUGUCUACUGGGGUGGCGACACACGAGGGUCCCGAGCUGCUGCGUGUUCAGAGAUCUCACGAGAUGGAUGUCUCGUACAGGGAUAACUCAAGACGAAACGACCGCAUCGUCUCCUUCGAUUGGGUGACUUUGGAUUCACCUGCUUUGAGGCCAAGGUUGUUAGUCCUGAGAGCGAAUGGCGCCUUCGAUAUUCUAGAGCAGCCGUCUCGAACGUCAGACCAUGUCUAUAAGUUGGUUCCAUGGCAAGCCCCCCAUCGGGGUUUGGAGGAAAACUCGCCAUAUCUCGAUCUCAUGAAGUUCGAGCCAGCCCAGACAUCAGAGAUUCUAGGGCCCCUAAUUACCGAGCAAGUCCUGUCGGACGUCCCCAUCUUUGGACCAGAGAAAACUGGCAUCGCGGACCGCAUCAGCGACGCUUUGAAAGAUAGUGUCUCCGUAUCUGCUACUAUUGAGCACGUGGACGAAAUUUCUCGGCCAUUGCCAGAUUCAUUCUUUAAUGCGACCUCCAUUACUCAAAAGUUAAAAAGCAUUCGAGCAUAUGUCCGCGAUGAACAGGCAGACCAGAAGGCAGAAGACGAACAACGGGAACAAGGAAACGGCCCCAAACACCUAGACAACAGACCCAACGAGAUAUCCCUAGCCUCGAACAGCUUGGUGUCCUGUCGUGAGAUUCACGAGGCCCUCUUGGGUACGCUGGCAACUGUGAAGGGCCUUCCUAGGGAAGCUCAAUGCGUGGUUGACCACUCAAUGCUCCUCCGAGCCAAGGAGAAGUAUCUUUUUGAUGCGGCCACAAACCGGACUGUAUUAUCCGAUGACUCCUGGCGGAGAUUUUUAUGGGACUGGGUAGCUGAUGCUGAAAUGGCCGCGGACGACGGAGGUAUGCUCCUUGGGAACAUGGACCUUAGCUAUCUCGGCGUCCAUUCUAUAUGGACAAACGACCUCGGUAUAUCUCUUCAAAACAUGUCUCUCAACAAAGCCAAAAUUCUAAUUCACAUAGGCAAAAACUCCAUGACCCGCCUCGCUCCGGGCGCAACCUCCCCCGAACCUGCUCAGUGGGAACGGGUCAUCGGCCAAUUCUGCAAAAAGCGUCGCCUCCCCAAAUUUGAUGCCGUGCCCACCAAGAAGCCUUUCCAUCGCCAACUCUGCCUUGAAAUCUGUAGCUGGGGCGACCCUCAGCGACACGACCCCAACGGCGUUGACCGCGAAGCAGAUCCCGAGUAUCCCACAGCCAUCCACACCAUGGUGGCUUCCCGCGCACUCUUCCGCGGUGAUACCGAGCAAGCCAUCUCCAUCCUCAAGAAAGCCAGCGCCGUUCACCCCGAACUCCUCUUUGUCUCCCUGUCCCUCCAGCUCCUCGACCGAGGAGGCAAAAGCCUCCCCGAGGAACAUCUCGAACUCGACGACGCCGUGGCCUCCAAAACGGACCCCUACCUCCGUGCCAUCUCGUGUCUCAUCGCAACGGGAGACUGGAGCGCCAUUGCGAACCAGCGCUCCCUCCCGCUCACAGACCGUGCCAUUGUCGCCGUACGAAACUUUGACGAUGGCCAACUCACCAAAUGGCUCGAGCAGAACGUCUCACUCGCCAUAGAGGAGGGCGACAUCGAAGGGAUCGCGCUAACGGGUAUAACGGACAAGCUAGUAGACAUAUUCGCCCGCUAUGUACAGAAAUUCCACGACGUCCAGACAGCCACCCUCGUGCUGUCCAUCGCGUACCCCCGCUACAUAGACGACAUUCGCUGCCGGGCAUGGCGCAACGCUUACAGAGCCCACCUCCAGAGACACAGGCUGUUCUUCCAGCGGACCAAAUUCGAAGUAGAGUCCACCAAGCGGUCCAAACGCGACGGCGUGCCGACUCUGAAGCCGCCAUCGCGCCAAAUCGCCCUGCGAUGCGUCUACUGUGACGCCGAAACGUCCCUUUCGAACCAGGGCGUUGCACCGCCGACGUCCAACCCGACGCUGGAGACGCGAAACCCCCUGCUGGCAACGAGCAUCAAUUCCGGGAUAAGCUGCCCCAACUGUGGGAGGCACCUACCCCGCUGUGUCGUAUGUUUGGAGGUCGUGGGGGUGCCGCGAUCAGAUAAGCCCGAGGAGAAGGAGUCUACACGAAUGGCAGGACGAUUCCCUACGUUUUGUCUGCGCUGCGAACAUGUCCUUCAUCUGGAUCAUGCGAGGCAGUGGUUUGCGAGGCAUGUGGAAUGUCCUGUACCCGAAUGUCGGUGCACAUGUAACUUCAGGGCUAAUCCAGAAUUGAGCUAUCACUAA